GUGUCUCAGGAAAUUGUGUUAAAGUUAGAGAUGGAGAACCAAAAAAAUCACCCACUACCUCUUUCUAAAGGAUUACUUCGAACUGAAGACUUGUACACAUAUAUUUUGGAAACCAGUGUGUAUCCCCGAGAAGCAGAGCCCCUCAAGGAGAUAAGAGAUGUUACUUUUGGCCAUCCACAGGCUAGAAUGAGUACUGCACCGGAUGCAGGUCAGCUCAUAGCCAUCCUCUUGAAGCUACUUAAUCCCAAGAAAACAAUCGAAAUUGGGGUUUAUACUGGAUAUUCUCUUCUCCUCACUGCCGUCAACAUUCCUGGUGAUGGCCAGGUAAGUAAUCUGCCUACUCUGUAUGAAAAUGAAAUAGAACUGUCAAAUUCAACCCAUAAAGAUUUGCAGAUUAUCGCCAUUGAUCCAGAUCGUGAAGCAUAUGAGAUAGGUUUACCAGUGAUUCAAAAAGCUAGAGUUGAUCACAAGAUAAAGUUCAUAGAAUCCGAGGCUCUGGCAGUUCUUGAUACAAUACUAGAAAAUUGCAGGGUGAAAAUGAAGGGCAAUUUGAUUAUGCAUACGUGGAUGCAGACAAAGGAAAUUACCGGAAUUACCAUGAGAGGCUGAUGAAGCUCUUGAAAGUAGGUGGAGUCUGUGUAUACGACAACACACUGUGGGCCGGAACGGUAGCCAUGUCUGAGGAGCAGACUCCAGAGCCAAUGAAAGCUGAAAGAAAAGCAAUUCUGGAAUUCAACAAAGCACUUGCUGCUGACCCUCGAGUUCAACUUUCUCAGGCUCCAUUGGGUGACGGCAUCUCAAUCUGCAGGCGUAUUUAUUGAAAUUCCCAGAAUCUUAAGAACUGAGAUCGGAAAUUAGAAACAAAAUAUAUAAAUAAUACUAGUGAUAAUAAGGUUGACAGGUCUGUUGAGAGCUUUGUUAUGUUAAAACAACCCAUAGCCUAAUGCAUUGGAGGAGACCUUAUUUGGAAGCUAUAAAUCCAGUUCCUCGUUAACAUAGUAGAUAAAUAUAUGUAAGAAACUGUAAGUUUCAAAUCUGAUUGUAAGCAUUACGAUAUAGCAAAUAUCACAAGUGUUGCACAUCUCUCAA